AUGGCUUCUGAAACAUCCUCCGUCUCCUCUGAUUCGGCUCCUGUUUUUAAUGUCACCGAACCACACAAAACUCUGAUCUCGCUCAACAUGAGCAACAUAACCAAACUUACUCCGGAUAACUUCAUCACCUGGCGUCUCCAGGUCAGAUCUCUCCUUGAAGCACAUGAACUUCAUUGUUUCAUUGUCGAUGCAGACAACACACCCCCGACAACACUCCCUUCUGACACCGGUGCGAAUCAAGUCAAUCCAAACUUUGCUGCUUGGAAACGACAAGACAAGCUUCUCUUCAGUGCCUUGCUUGGUUCUCUCUCUCUUCCCGUACAAUCCAUCGUUGCUCGUGCCACUACUUCUCGCAACAUAUGGGAAAUCCUCACCAACACCUAUGGGAAAUCAUCUCGAGGUCGCAUCCAUCAGAUCAGAGAUCAACUCAAAGAGAGCACCAAAGGGAACAAGUCCGUGCAAGACUAUCUGCGAGGUAUCAUCACUAAAGCAGAUCAAAUUGCAUUGUUUGAUGCUCCAUUACCACAUGAAGAUCUCCUUGACUAUAUCACCAACGGACUUAACGACGACUACAGAGCUAUUGUCGAGAUGGUUCAAGGCCGUGACACACCAAUCUCCAUUGAAGAGCUCCAUGAGAAGCUCAUCAACAGAGAAAAUGCGUUGAAGGCUGCAGGUGACACCAAUCUCUCUGUUCCUGCAACUGCUAACGUUACACAACUCUCCCGGCAAUCUUCUCGUGGUGGCUUCAACUCAUCUCGUGGUGGUUUUCGUCCAUCUCGCUCAUAUCUUGGCAAAUGUCAGCUCUGUGGUGUUCAAGGUCAUGGAGCCAAACGCUGUCCACAAUAUCAACAACCAUCACCGCCGUUCUCCUACUCUGCUCUGCAGUUCAAUCAGUUUCGAGGGUUCUCUCCUUCCCCUGCUCCACACCCUAAAAGUUGCUAA